AUGGUGAUCGAAGGCUGGCUUGAGCCAGAGCGCGUUGUCGUUGCGUCUGCGGGUUCCGGUAGGUCGCCGACAGUGUCUGGCUCGGUGACUGCCUCAAAGAAGCCGCCACUGCCGUUUGCACCGGAACCGCCUCCCUCCGUGCUGGAGGCCCCGAAUCCACCAGAGCCGGCUCCACCUGCCGCAGAGCCUCUUCCCGUUGUCGUUGUUGAUGCCCCCCCGGGCGCCCCGGUCCUCGAUGCGCUGCAUGUCUCUGUCGCCCUGCCUGCACCGGUUGCUGCUGUUGGUUCGUCGCCGCACGCGGUGUCCGCCACCACUGACGACCCGGGCCCGGGGGAGGUGGGGGGGGGGCGUUGUGCUGUCGGCUCCCGUCCUACCGACUGCGGCAACAUCGGUGCCGCCCCCGGACAUCCAGGCGGUUCCUGA